AUGAGACGGGUCCAUAAGCAAGAGUUGUUCGCGUCAACCCUAGCACUCUACACACUCGCAAUCACUGCUGCUCUCAUUCGAUUCUACAUACGCAUUCGGAUUCAAAAACAGUUUGCCAUAGACGAUGCUCUCAUUAUAGUCGGCAUCCUCUGCAUCACAGCAUCAAUUGGUCUCCUUUUCAAUUAUAUUGACAACCUCUUUAUGACCGAAGCCUUGAUACUGGGAACAUCUGAGAUACACACCCAACUUCCCAAGGGUUUUGUUCAGCGCGUUUAUGAUUAUUCGAAGCGUUCGACAAUAAGCCUGAUGUGUGCUUGGGGCGCAAUAGUGAGCGUCACGUUUAGCUUUCUUUUCUCCUUCAAUAAAUUGAUUGAUAGAAUCAAGAGUAUGACUCGCUAUUGGUGGGUGGUUUUUGUGCUUAACUUGAUAAUUGCGGGAUAUGGAAUGGCGAUAUACAUUUUGACUUGCCCGCAUUACAACAAUCCUCAAGCUUUACAAUGUGGCCAAGGAGCCAAGGCGCAAGUUGUUAUCAACUAUGCAGUCUCUCAAAUGGCCCUAGAUAUCUUUUCAGACCUUAUCAUCGGUCUAAUUUUGAUCACCGGUACUGCCUUCCGUGCUUUGUUUGUCUCUCGCAACCAGAAAGUAAUGGGACCCCAGCCUCCCGUAUACAGCAGCAAGAUUUUCAGUAGAACAAAAGUAUUAUUGCGGCUGAUCGCAACUCCCAAAAAGUGGCGAACGAGACGCACUAGCGAGGCGAGCGGUGCUAUUGAUUCCGCAAGUGCAUGUCAUGAAAUGCAUGGGAUGAUGGCGCUGCCAGUAAUCGAGAGAGGUAUAAUAACGGGUAUCAGAACCUUCAUUAACGGAAGGAGCAGCGCAUUGAGGGUAAGCCAAGUCAUCAAAAGCCCCGUGGAACAGGAAGAAGAUGGAUGGCCUUUGAAUGAACAACAGCAGAGCAUUACGGUUCAGCAUAAGAUCUGGACCACGAGUGAAAGGGCUGGAAUGCAAGAGUCACAUCCACCCUUUACAGAUCGUGAUAUGGUCUAG